AUGCGCAUCAAUUCCACCCAUUCGACGCUCGCGCAUCAGCCUCUUGUUUUCCUAAAGCAGGAUUUGGCAUUCCCGCAGUACCUUGCGUUGAUCUCCAUUGCUGACGCUCUCAUGAUCACGAGUUUGCGAGAGGGUAUGAACCUGACGAGCCAUGAAUUCGUCUACUGCCAGGAUGGAAAAUAUGAGACACGAAAAUACGGGUCUUUGAUCUUGAGUGAGUUCACGGGAAGCGCGUCAGUUUUCGGCAAUCAUGCUCUCUUGGUCAACCCUUGGAAUUAUAGACAGUGUGCCGAGGCGAUCCACACGGCCCUCUCCCGAAGUGAAGAGGAACGACAGCAGGUGUGGAUGCAGCUACACCGAGCCGUCUUGGAGAACUCGACCGCAAACUGGGUUAAGACUUUCAAUGAGACCUUGAGCCGCGUAUGGAAUGAGCAGUCGUCUCGCGAAAUCAUGGCAGUCCCGCGCUUAUCAGUUAGCAAGCUCGAGGACCUGUAUCGUCAAUCCUCCCGCCGGCUCAUCAUCGUGGACUAUGAAGGUACUCUUGCCUCUUGGGGCUCGCCGAAGAGUAUCAUCGUUACCACGCCGCAGCGGGCGAUCACCACAUUGACGGAGCUAGCCGACGAUCCAAAGAAUAUAGUUUUUGUCAUGAGCUCGAGGAUGCCAGAAGAGAUGGAACGCCUCUUUCGCAUGGUCGCCGGCCUCGGUCUCAUCGCGGAGAACGGCUGCUUCGUGCGUGAGCCGGGAACCGAGGAUUGGUUCAAGCUGACCAAUAAAGCACGGACGGAUGCGUGGAAGGAAGCAGUCCGCCAGAUCCUCAGUUACUAUCAGGAACGGGCGGAGGGAAGUUGGAUCGAGCAGCGCCACUGCUCCCUGAUGUUCCAUUACGGGACGGCAGAGGAUCAGGUGGCCGCCUCUCGGUUGGCAUCCGAGUGCGCCGGACACAUCAACGACUCGUGUGCCAAUCAAGGUGUGCAUGCUGUUAUGGUUAACGGAGCGUUGGUUGUUGAGCCGGCCGAUACCAACAAAGCAUCGGCCGCGGCCAUGGUCUGGCGACAUUGUCUCGAGCGAAGUGAACAGGAUCCGUCGAUUGAGCGGCCGGAUUUCCUGCUUGCCAUCGGAGAUGGCCGCGACGACGAGCCGGUGUUCAGAUGGGCCAAUAAACUCGAACACGCCAAUGCGGUUAAACAUGCCAUGACGGUGACCCUGGGGUCUCGGAGCACGGAAGCCAAGGCAACACUGGCGCAGGGCGUCACAGGCGUUCUUUCUUGCCUGGAGAAGUUGGCUGCCGCCACGACCACAGCCACCGGACCAUGA